GAUUCGCCGAUAAGUCAUACUUUUUAUUUAUUUUUGAAAUAUUUUAAAACUAAUAAAUCUGUCUUGAAUCCACUAGCCGCUACUCCAAAGUUCAAAUUUCUGAAAUAAAAAACGCUCCCACUCUUUCAUCACCCUCACAUCAAUUUCACGCCGAAACCAGAACCAUUCACCGGCGACAAUGAUUUCCGAAUCAGAAGCUUCUUCGAGAAAGAACGAUGUCAAAGAUCGACGCCUCAGCAUCAUCGACUUUUUGUCCGCCGAUGAUUCGCUUCUCGAACCCAAUUCUCCCAAUCACCAACAAAAUUCAGAAAACGAAGCUUGGUACACUCCGAAUUCAAAAAAGUUUGAAGACGCUGCUACCAAAAUUGAACAGUGGGAAAAUGAACCUCUAACAUCUGAAACAAAGACAAAGAAAAACCCUAAGUGCAAUUUGCGAAAGAGUUUAGCUUGGGAUAACGCUUUUUUCACUAAUGCUGGGGUUUUGGAUGCUGAGGAAUUGUCUAGUAUAAUUGAGGGUGUUGAGAAGGAAGAAUUACCAAGAAUUGAAGAGGAUGUGUACAAAUCAUGUGAUUCCGUUUCGACGCUAGGGAGCGAUUGUUUGACUCUUGAAAGUGUUGAAUUGGAGGGUGAUUUCUUUGAAGAUGUUAGAGCUUCGAUUCAGAAAUCUAGCCAUAAGUCCAAACUUGCAUCUGCUGCCACCAGAGUGUCGUCUACCUCUCGGCUUCCAGGGUUACAAACUCGUGACUCUUCUAGAAAAGUUAGUGCAGUUCCUUGCGACAAGAUGAAGGUCCCACCUGCUUCUAGGAAUCCAACAGCUGUUAUGAGAGGAAUUGGGAAGUCGACAAACAAGAAUAAUUCUACUUUCACACAGAUUCCACAGCCCGUCGCUACGAGAAGGGAGUCAUCUAUUUCAAAACUAUCGAAGGUACCAGCAAAGCCUAGUGCAAGUUCCACAAUUUCAUCCAAGAGAGUAUCACUUAGUGAUAAAUCUGAAAUGGACAAGGCAAAACUCAUAAACGGUGGUAGAGUCAGUUCAAUGUCAAAGGCAUCUGUUAUUGGAGGUUCGCGGGGUACAGUGCCUAAGCCCACGGUAUUAUCCAAAUUAAAUUCCGGUCAGUUGGUAUCAACCAAGACAAAAUCAGCAACUUCCACAUCUUCUGGUGUCAAUUUAUCUGAUAAUAUUGGUAAAUCUCCAUUAAAUUCCGGAAGAAAAAAAGUUAUUGCCGUAACUACAAAGGUACCCUCAUCUCGCCCUCCUGUCAGAACCCCAUCAGGAUUUGCUUCAAGAAAUAAAUCUGAAUCUGGGAAUUCUAGUCUCUCAAGCUUGAUUUCUGUCAACAAGCUUUCUUCUAGUGUUUCACCCGCUAGCUCUGUUAGUGACUGGUCUUCAGAGGCAUCCGUAUCAACUUCUAUUCCUACACACGUAUGUGAUAGUUUAAGGUCCAGCAUUGAUAGUACCUCCAGCAGAAAGGUUUUAUCAUACAUUAAUGUGGACCAAGGUGUAAAUUCUCAAACUCCUCGGAGUGAUAUGAGCUUAGAAAAUCGGGAGGCUCAGCACACUGGAAUUAUCAGUCAAAGUGUAACGACUGCUUCUGUGGCGGCGGUUAUUCCCACAGCUCUUGCAAAACCUUCAGGCCUGCGACUGCCUUCACCAAAAAUUGGUUUCUUUGAUGGGGUUAAAUCCUCAGUGCGCACUCCACGUGGGGGAGCUCAACCACACUCUGCUGUGCCUCAUAGCUUGCUAAAACGCGGAGCAGGAAGUCCAAGUGAAGGCCAAAACAAAGCAAAGCUUGGAAAGCUGCAAGCAGUGAGAUCUAUCACACCAACUCAAAGCAAAAAACCGAAUAACCUGCAAAGCCAGCAUCCAAAUCAUGUUGGUGAAUCAUUAGAUGUUGCAAUUAAGACAUCUAGUGCAGAGCAUAAUGUCAAAACCUCUUCUGAAAUGCUCAAUGGUGCUAAUAAAAAUGUUGAAUAUACAUCACUUUCACAUGAAAUGGAGAAAACUGGUAAUGAUUUGAGUCCACUUACCCGUGUCGAUCACCAGGGAAAUGUCUAUCAUGAUGAUCAAGUUGAUUGUUUGAUCAAACAAGUUGGACUUAUGGACAUAAAUUCUAAGACACAGGUAAAUAUCAACGGCGAUUCUCUUUCUUUUUGUGAGACUGAUGUCAGCUUCCAAGAUAAAUCCAAUGCUAUGGAGUUAUCAACUCACAAAGAGCUUUUUGAUCAUCCUAAAAACCAGCAAUUAUUGAAGGGUUCGUCUACUCCAUAUCUCUGUGUCACUCCAACAACCAGCAUUGAUAUGGCAGCUUCAGUAAGAAGACCCUUUGCAGCAAAAGAUUCAUUUUGCAAUAUGGAUUGCAGUGUUUUUACAGAACCAACAGUUUCAGAGGUAAAACAGGCCAACUUACCUUUGCCCGAAAGCAUUACGAAAGAAAAAGCUGAGAUGAUAUGAUCAAGUUGAACUUUACUGCUUUGCACUAAAAGUGCAACUGUAGAAGUCUUGAUCUUGGUGUACUGUGUUCAGAUUACAAAUACCAAGUCUUUAAGUACUUAUUGUACUGUUUAUUUGUGUUUGACGGGUAUCUAUUUUUCCAUGGGUUAACUGCCAUGAAUGUUUUCUGGAUCAGAUAUUUUGAAUGGGAAAAAAUGAACUGGUGUUAUUUAUCAGA